AUGUUUUAUCCUUCACCCGAACCUUUCACAUUGAUGUCUGUUGUUCAGGUGAAGAUUUGGUUCCAAAAUCGUCGUAUGAAAUUGAAAAAGGAACGCCAACAGCUGACGGAAACUUAUUCGCGGUCCAAGAAGGAUAUCAUUAAGUCAGGACUGUUGGGUAGCGUUUGCAAUGUCGGUAACGGAAGCGUGGGUAGUUUUGGACUUUCAGAGGAAGCUGAGCCUUCUGGUAUGUUGGGCUGCCCAGAAGCGCGCUGCUGUCCCGCAGCCGAAGAGGGGUAUGAGGAAGACGAAGAUGAGGAUGAGGAAGAGGAGACUGAGGAAAUGUGUGAAUCCCUCAGAGCUAGUCCGGCUGAUCUUAUUCUGCAUCGUCACACUCCUAGAGUUAGACUGUCGUCUGCAAACGUUUCGGAGGCGGACAAGUGA